AUCAGUCAUUCGUUAAAAGAAUGUUUUGAAUAAUAAUUCUCGAAUGAAUAAUACGUUUAUCAUUAUCCUUAAGGUAUAAAAUGACUGCAUUGGCAUAAUCGGAAAACAGUUUUCUUGUUGCAGGUCGAAGCGUCUACCAAUAUGGGCAAACUAUUCGUUAUAAUUCUUGUUGCGGCAGUGCUAGGAACUGCCCUCUGUGGUGGAUAUGGCAGUGGACAAGAAAGCCACGGCCAAGGAGGAUCUAGUGGUGGACACAAACAAGAAUCUAAUCAUGGAGGUGGGUUAGGGAAUGUCCACCAUCAGGGAGGUGAUCACGGUCAAGGAGGGCGUGGUGGUGGUCUCCAAGAAAAAGAUCACAGCCAACAUGGAUAUGGUGGCGGUGCUCAAAGCCAUGGAGGUGGGCAUGGUGGUAGUGAUGGGCAUGGUAGCCAUUAUUGAUCUUUAACACAUAUUAUAAUCCAUAAGUAUUAACCUUAAUAAAAAAACAUUUUCUGUGAUGUUAUGCUUA